AGCUAGUCGCAGCCCGUCGGUUGUUCGGAUCGUAUCAUCAACGGUUUGUGAUUACCAAAAUGGGAACAAAACGCUUGGCACACGCCGUUGCCAUCCUGAUUGCGUUUCUGGUCGUAAGUUUGAUACAAUCGCAGAGCGAUACCACUUUCGGUGUGUUCCGCGAGAAGUCGUACUACUUUGGGAAUUCUUUUAAGCUCAAUUGGUUCAAAGCGGUAGAAUACUGCCGGUCACGGGGGAUGUUCCUUGUGUCCGUGCAAAACGACGAGCAGCUGCAGGGCGUUGUGGAAUACAUUGAAAAGAGUGGCUUCACGAAAACGCACGGUAUCUUGCACAUGUGGACCUCAGCGAACGAUCUUGGUGAGGAGGGACAAUUUUUCUGGGCAUCAACGGGCGACCGGAUGCGGUACGAUCGGUGGACCAAAAACGAACCGAAUAACCAGAUGCACGACAAUUGUACCUUCGAGAACUGCGUGGUGCUGGAGUACUUCCAACCGUGGUCCAUCAAUUACACCUUCGACGAUAGGGCGUGUAAUGCGAACAAUUUUUUUAUGUGUGAAACGCUAGCGGAUUAGCCAGGGCGGCCGAUAAACGAAUCU